AUGUCAUCUCAAUACACAUCCUACACUCAGCUCCAAGAGCAAAUCAGCGCUGCCAAAAAUUUGUUUGGUGAAGAGCUGAAGAAGAAUCUAGAUCUGAUCAAUGUUGAGUGCCCCUUCGUAAUUCGUGUGGGAACAGGCAUCCAGGACGAUCUUUCUGGGUUUGAGAAGAGUGUCAAGGUUGGUAUCAAUGCGAUUCCCGAAUCCGACUUUGAGGUGGUUCACUCCUUGGCGAAAUGGAAGCGUAAGACACUUGGCGAUUACAAAUUCCCCAUUGGGAAGGGUAUCGUUACGGAUAUGAAGGCCUUGCGGGUUGGGGAAGUCCUCGACAACUUGCAUUCCUUUGUAGUGGACCAAUGGGAUUGGGAAAAGGUCAUGCGACCCGAGGACCGCAACUUCGCUUUCCUGAAGAAAACCGUGGAGAGCAUCUACGCCGCUCUUCGCUCGACCGAGUUAAAGCUCAGUGAACGUUAUCCCCAACUCAAGCCCACGCUUCCGGAGACGAUCACCUUUAUCCACGCGGAGCAGCUUCUGCACAAGUACCCCGCCCUCAGCCCGAAGGCCCGCGAGCGCGAGGCGGUGAAGCGGUUCGGCGCCGUCUUUCUGAUUGGCAUUGGGGGCAAACUCUCCCAUGGCGAGUACCACGACGUUCGCGCCCCGGACUACGACGACUGGACCUCGCCCAUCUCCAACAACGACGCCGUCUCGCACUUCCCCGAGCUCCACCCGGGCAUCAACGCGAGCCUGUCCUUCCCGGGACUCAACGGCGACAUCCUCGUCUACAACCCCCUGCUGGAUGAGGCGCUGGAGCUCAGCAGCAUGGGCAUCCGCGUCGACGCCGCGACGCUGCGGAAGCAGCUCGAGACGAUCGGCGACACCGCGCGCAUGGCCCUGCCCUGGCAUCAGGACCUCCUCGCCGAGCGUCUUCCACAGACCGUCGGAGGGGGUAUCGGGCGAAGCCGCGUCGCGAUGUUCCUCCUCCGCAAGGCCCACAUCGGGGAGGUCCAGUGCAGCUUCUGGCCCGCCGAGGCCUACCAAACCCAUCCCCUGUUGUAG